AUGUUCAGACCAACUUUGCGCCAAUCGUGUCGGUCGACACUCAGCAUCGACUCGCAACCAACAGCGACGGAGCGCAGUUUGGCAUUCCUCGCCGACACGAGAGGCCCGUUCAAGCAGCUUUUAGCGACAGAGCAGACUGCGCAGACACUCCAAGCACGGAUCCAGGAAAGAAGACAUGAAAUACGCGCGAUCAAGCAACAGGCAAUCGACGAAGAUAUCUUUCACUGUGUUAUUUACGGAAACUUAAAGCUGUUGGAGAUGGAGAUUGCUGGCUUCAAGCAAUUGCUGGAGUCUAACGAGUCCUUGCGGCGUCAUUGGCGAGACUUCCACAUGGCAGCCUGGCGAGCUACAAUCAGACCUCUCAAGGUCGUGGACUUGCCAAACGAGAUUAUUUCGAUGAUCUUUUCUCACUUUGAAGACGUUCCGGUGCCAAAGGUUCAAGUCGACCAUGAUGCUUCUGAUGAUGUUACUUUGCCCAGCCCCGAUGUCGCCAGUAUCAAGAACAUUCGACUGACCUGUCGCACGUUUUGCGACGUUGGCUCGAGGCUUCUUCUUCCUCUUGUCGACAUCUCUUUCACACCCUCCUCUAUUCAUCGUCUCGAGAAAAUUUCCAAUCAUCCGACAAUUUCGAAGGGCGUGCGCAUCAUUCGAAUCUACACCGGAACCUGCAACUCUGUACUCGACGAUCGUGACCGAUUCUGCAGCAGAACUAUGUUCAAACUUCGACUUUUACGAUUAAAAUUCCAACGUGAAGCAUCAAGGGUCGAGAAAGAAGUAGAAGAAGCCUUUCGUAUGAUUGGGAUCCCUCCCAAACCCAAGUACUUGAAGAUCAACGGCCUUGAAAUGGCUUUGGCAGAAGCUCAAGAUGUGACGCAAACACUACGACUCCAGAGACGUCAACAUGAUUCUUCAGUGGUUCCGCACAAUCGAUUCGAGACAAAGAUCAGCAAAGCCAUUACGCAAGCCCACGAAGAAUAUCAACGAAAAUACUUUGAGCAAAAGAGCCUCAUUGAAGACUGUCACGUACACAGCAACAUUCAUGCCGCAAUUUGCAAGAUGCCAUCAGUCCAGAGACUCUGCCUCACAAACUCGUCUGUCCGUCGGUCAGAUGACAUUAUCCGAAGUGGGUGGGGUCAGCGAUUGGAUAUACAAAAGUUCAAAGCCAUUUUGAGGAGCCCAAAUCCGUUUCGGAAACUGAUGGUUGAUGCUGGUGACGACCGGUUUCCAAAAGCGUCAGAGGCCAGAGAUUUAGAUCUUGCUCUGUGGUCCAAGCUGCCUUUGAUAUUUGACAUUGGAGACGGAAACCUGACACAUCUCGACAUCACAAUCAUCGCAUUCGACGAAUCUCACAUUGAAGCCCUGUCAGGGUACCUCCAGAAUGUUCGGCGCUCCUGUCGGCAGCUGAGACGUGUACGGAUCGAGAUCAACCAACGUCAUCGCCCGGUACAAACGGAGGGUUUCAAACCUGCCUUUGUCACAAAGACUUGGGAUCUGCUCGACGCAAUGCUCAGUUCGCCCAGACUAGACACGGUUACCCUUGACUCCAACUUUGGGGUUGAAUAUCAAGAUCUGCAUUCAACCUCAAGCUUCGGCGCCGUGCUUGGAAACCUGCCUUGGCACAACUUGCAACGUGUUUGUCUUUUACACUUGUCCAUCAAACUCGGAGAACUCAGACACGCUCUGGACAAGGUCCCUGGGAAGGUGCACCUGGAAUUGAGUGGUGUCAAUUUGUUGGAAGGCACCUGGGCAGAGGCGCUUGAAAUCUUACGAGGCAGAGCGGACUCCUCCUCUCUAGUUUGCCAACCCCAAGGAGUUGAGUUCACCAACAUGUCUGAACAAGAGGAAAAGUAUCUACGGUACGAGUUUGACAGCGAGCAUCGCGACGGCUGGUACUCUGCUCAACGGUGUCCCGGGCCGGCAUCAUUCUACAUCAGGGGUGGGAACAUUCCGAACCCUUUGAUCUGGAGCAGCGACUAA